UCGAAAGGAAUUCCACCCCUCCCACGGUUUUCACUAUGGAAUAGUUGAGUGUCCUGCCUUAUUGCAAGCUUAAAACUCUAAUUACUCUUGAUAAUAGUCUACAAUGCAAGUACACUGGAUAAUUACCUCGUCGUGUGCGUUCCUCUCUGCCGGAGUGUCUGAUUAGUGAAUUUAAGCCGUGAAUUCUACUCUCACCUCGUUAAACACUAUACAAAACUACAUAACAAAAAAAAAAUGCACCACAACAGGAGAAAGAAGAAGAGGAUAAACUACGGGGUGAGAGCCGUUGAGUUGAUGAGAGGUUCGAAGGGUUUUGGUUUUACAAUUUCGGGUCAGCAGCCUUGCAUUCUUAGCUGCAUAGUGGCAGGGAGUCCAGCUGAAAUAGCUGGACUGCGGGCAGGUGAUUACCUGGUGACUGUCAACGGUCACAACGUGGGGAAAGCUCCUCACGACGACGUUGUUCGUCUGAUAGGUCAUUCCAAGGGUAUCCUCAGGCUCCAGAUUGCGGAGAACUAUUAUUCCGACUCCUCCGACGAGGAGGGACCUGCGGCCUCGAGAUCAAAACCCAAAUAUUCCCAUAAACAACGGAAUUCCAAUGCAACACCUGUGGCAUCGGGACCUGCACCUGCAGGGCAAUUGCAGUGCAGGGUAGCCAAGGUUGUGAGGGAUCUCCAGAGUGGUGCCAUGUUCACUGGUGGUGAGGGUGAGAGGGUGGUGCAGAGCAAAAUUUUGUGCAGCCAGAAUGGAGUUUAUCAUCGAUGGAAUAUGGCUAGUGCUCCACUACCUCCACCUCCGCACUCACAUAAGAGGGAUGCUGAGAAAAUUGUGCAUAGAACAGUGGUGGGAUACCUGGGGACCAUCGACAUACCCAAUCAGCUGCAUCCCUCGACGAUGAUGCCGGUCCUUCGAAAAUGCAUAAAGCGUUUGAAAGCAGAGAAACGCACACCUACAACAGUUCUCCUGACCAUCCACGUAGCCAACAUCAAACUGACAAACUCAGAGAACAAGAUAAUCGCGGAGUAUCCCUCUCACCGAAUAGUCUUCUGCAAUUCCUUCUCCGAGCAAGAUAAACAGUAUUUCGGGAUAGUGACAAAAUCAGCAAACCACACAGACGAGAUAGUCUCAAACUCUUGUCACGUGUUCACGAUCUACUACAAGCUUAUAGAACAUGCAGUUCACCUGAGUACCUGCAACAUGUUCGGAUUCACGUGUACGAAGACAUCUGAGCUGACGGUUUGCCAAGAAUUUCCUGACAGUUGCAACGGUCUCAUAGGAGCCAUCCAGACGCUUUACAUAUCCGAGACAACGGAUUCAGAGGCAUUUCCAGAAAGCAACAGAAGACAGAGACGAGAGGCUGUCUCACCUCAACCCUCGAACAUCAGUACCUCGACAGCUCACUCCUCCAACAGUGACUCAGGAAUUGGUUUCAAGGAUGAAUAUGGCAGCCACUAUUCGGCGACAGAACGCAAUAUAAAUCUCGAUUUUUCUCAUCGAAGACUGCCAAUACCGUCGAACUCUCGAUUAACAGUUCGUGCAACUCAGGACUCACAAAAUGAGCGGGGAAUAUCGAAUGGGGAUGGGGGCACGAGGGAUGGUGGGGACAUCACCUGCCCCGGGCCAUCUGCCGCACUUUCAAUGACCAAACUCGAUGCCUCGUCAGUCGGCUCCUCAACAUUCUCACGUACUAUUGCUGGCAUGCUGCGCACUGUUGAUGCCGAGGACAUGGAGUUUUGUGAUACUGCCGGUGAUAAACUCAGUCCCAAGGUUUUCAACGCAUCAAAAACACUGGUGCAUAGCAUGGAGGACCUCAAGAACGAGGGAGAGGCUGUAGAUGUAUUUGCAAAACCUGCUGAUGUCAGGCCCUGGGGUAGUCUGCAGGAGAUCAGAAAUGUCGGAGGCUUCCAGUCCAAUUCUUCCUUGUAUGGGAGUGUAGAGUCGUGCGAUAAGAAUGACGCUGGACUUGGAGUGCGCUCUUGGGGUGCUGGAUUCGAGAAUCUCUUGAAAGAUCCAAGGGGACUCCAGACAUUUGCUGAAUUUUUGAAGAAGGAAUUUAGCCAUGAGAACAUCUACUUCUGGGCGGCUUGCGAACGCUACAAGGAUACAGAGGACGCAACCUCCAGACGACGACUUGCCUGGCAGAUAUACCAGAGGCAUCUCUCCAACAAUGCUCCAGAGCCAGUGAACGUCGACAGUCACGCGGCAGGGCAAAUUACCCAGGAGCUCCUGAAUCGUGCCCCAGAGGAGCUCUUCCUCCAGGCACAGAAGCAAGUCUUCAAUCUCAUGAAAUUCGACAGUUACCCUCGAUUUCUCAAAUCAAAUCUCUAUCAUCAGUGCAAGGAGAAUGGCAUCGGCGUGAGAACGGAGGAUCACGAUCUCGAUUUGACAAGUUCUCCAAGUGUUAAAUUGAAGAAGAGUCAUUCAGACGCUGAAGAUCGAUGCCGAAAGUCGAUAUUACCCUGGCACCGUAAGAACAGGUCAAAAUCGAAGGACCGAGGGGAGUCAGAGUAUAACAAAACACCAAGCAGAGGAGAGCCCAUAUACAAGAGCUUCACAACAAUAAAAAGGGAUACAGAGGGGAAUAACAACGAUGACACCAUCUCAAUAUCGAGUAGCAGAUCAUCCUUAGCCUCCUGGGACUUGGCAUUGCGCCAAUCCUUUAGUAAACACUCACUGUCGUCGUACGACGGUCACAAUGAUAAAAAAGAGGUACAGACAAAGUGCACUGGCUUGUGCCGGGUUAUUUUGCCCGAUGGCUCAACAACGGUCGUACCAACAAGCCAAACUGAGAGCAUUAAAGACGUGGUUACCCGGCUUCUUGAGAAACGGGCACUUCGAUAUACUAAUUAUGAUGUUCUCGUACUGGCCACAGACGAGAUGAUAAAUCUGAAGUACUCAUCAUCAGUACUUGCUGGGCAAGAGGUGGAGGUGGUGCCAACCAAGGCUCUGAAAGUCGAUUUGCCAUCUCGUAGGAUAAUAACAGUUGUGGCCCACAAAAAUCGAACAUUGCGAGAAGUUCUCAGGCCUCUGCUCAAUAAGUACGGUUUCAAGCUCGAGUUGAUCACCAUUUGGGGUGAAGGACAUCCAGUUUCGUUAGAAAUACCAGCGAUUAAUGCGCCCAGUCGACUCGUACUGACCUCCAACAACGAGGAUUUUCAGCGUGAUAGCUUGCAUUACCAAGAGGACAUCGAGCAGGGCCAGUCUCAGCUGGACGAAAUCACUAAUAAAGUUUUUGAGGAACUUUUAGUCGGAAAGAGUACAAAUAAAUAUUACAGUGAAGGUUCUUACAAGUCUGAUGAUCAACGCUCCGAGGGAUCCUCCAUCCUCUCCAGUAAACUGUUCACGAGGGAUACGACAGUGCUUGGAAAGAAAAAGGGAAAAUCAAAGAGUAGUAAUUUAAGUGAGAAGAGCAAUUCCACGGAUUACACUGGAGAGGAGAGCUCACAAUCGAGUAGACCACAUGCUCCGUUAAUCGCCAAGUGGAGAAAUGGGGUCAAACUGCAAUUGCCUGGAAGAUUCGAUGGCGAUGAAUUGUACGAAGGACUGAAGAGGGCCCAGCGUUCGCGGCUUGAGGAUCAGAGAGGAACAGAAAUUAAUUUCGAACUCCCCGACUUCCUAAAACAAAAUAAGGAAAAUGGUAAACACACAGAGACUAAGAAGCACCGGAGAGGUCGUCUCCUGGGCUUGAGCUCCGACUGCGCCUCAAAGUUCUACGACUCCAGUGACGAUAUAAAAAAAGCCAAUCUAGUGUCCAACCCGGUCUUCGAGAAGUGUCACUACAAUUCCGAGGAGGGUCAACCCAUCUCGAAGCCUCUGGAGCCCUCCAAGAGGUUCGACUCUGUAAGCAGCCUUGAUGGAACUUUGGAAGACGUGGACAAAACAAUAAUCGAAAACGGAAAUGGGCCCAAUCAGCCGAAAGAUUCGUUUUUCGAGAAUCAGUUUGUCACUGGCUCUCCGGGUAAAUUAUCAAAACCUCCACCACUUCCGCCCAAACCAAAGGGUUUACUCACUUGUGCUGUUAAGACCAGUCAGAUAUUACCGACGAAACCGCUGCCACGAGUUACUCAAAUUAGUCCCAUAACUCCGUUAGAAUCACGAGAAAAUAAAAAUAUAUUUUAAAUUCGGAUAGUAAUAUUUUACUACGAUAAUGAUGGGCUUCAGCCUCUGAAGGUAUUUUCAAUGUAACUUUCUACUAAAAAACCGAAUUUCGCAAGUAAAUUUAUUCUCCAGCAGUUGUUCUCGAACCUAAACAAGUGCCUUAUAAUUUUUUUUACAACAAAUUGCAAUCAUUAAUUGUGAUGAGAAUAUUUCGAGAGUAUUUUCCUGGUUGUACAGGAUCGAAAUUAAUUAAUCUAUCGUUAAUUAAUUAUUUAUAAAAUGUGAAAGUUUAUAACUAAUUGGAUAAA